CAGCAAAGAAAGAACGCAAGCAAAAGCAAGGCAGCAGAAAAUCUCCAACGCCAUCUUCGUCGGGUCGGGUUCAGAAUCUUGUUGCGCUAAUCCCUCUUCGGCUCGCGGAUUGCUGCGAUAGAUUUCGGUUCUUAUUUCGUUUUCUCAUCGAAGAUUAAAUUUGAAAAUGUAAAAAAUUCACUAAAAUUAACAAAUUUAAAGAAUUGAAUUCUCUUUGGGUGGUGUUUUGGCGUCCUCAUCUCUGUGUGUUCCCAAGCAGUGUUUUUUUUCAUGUUUUGUUGUACUCAGAUAAAGGAACAAGUUCCAGUCACCGACAAGUUGUGCAGUGCUGCGAUUCAGAUAUCGCUUGGAUAGAGCGAGAAUCAGAGUGCGUGGAGGCGGAAGUGAAGAAAGCACUUGCUCAACACAAAAAAAUAGAAGUGCCUUAUCGUUCCUGCUGUGAGUUCCAAGAAGUUCCUAUCUAUCAAAAUAAAAUUUCGUUAGAAAUAAAAGAUAAAUUUCAAAAAAUUCAAUAUCGCUGUUGGAAAAGGGUGGAGCAGUGUCGAAGUGAAACAAGAAGAAGUUGCAUGCAAAUCGCUGCUCUGUGAAGUCGUAAGAAGAAGCAGCAUCUUAGUAAGCCAGUGCUCCGCUGCGAUCAACAUCAAACAACACAGCUUACUGCGAUCGGUGGACUGGUGGUGGUGAUUGGUGGUGGAAGGAAGAAAAGUUUUCAAUCGGAUUGCUUUGUUAGUCGCGUUUGCUUGCCGGUGGAAAUCUCCAUUCACGCGGAAUAAAGAAAAAAUCCAAUUAAACCCUGACGAGUGUAUUUAAGCUUUGAGGUUUAAGAGGGGAUCAUCCAGCGGAGGAUUUUGUUCUGUUCCCCUCCGCUCACCGUCCUUCCGAAAUUGCGUUAGAAUCAUUCGCUGACGGCCAAAAAGAAAAGCGAGAAGAAAAACCAACAGUCUUCCAAGAGGAGCAACCAGAUGACGACGAAUAAAGAGGUCUAUCACGAAGGUUGGCUGAUCAAAUCGCCUCCGACGAAGAGAAUCUGGCGAGCGCGAUGGCGACGUCGUUGGUUCACGUUGAAACAGGGCGAACUGCCGGGUCAGUAUGUGUUGGAGUACUACACGGACCGCAAGUGCCGGAAGCUGAAGGGAAUCAUCGAUCUGGAUCAGUGCGAACAGGUGGACGCUGGGUUGCGAUUGGAUCGGCAGAAAGAAAAGUACGCGCACAUGUUCGACGUGAAAACUCCGACGAGGACUUAUUAUCUGGCGGCGGACACCGAAGAGGACAUGCGUGGAUGGGUCAAUUGCAUUUGCCAUGUGUGCCAGCUGCAGGAGACGCAGACUAAUGAGGAAUCGAGGCCUUAUUAUAAUAUCAGUGCGAUCAAUACCGGAGAGGCUACGAAUAUGGCGACGGCUGUCCCCGGACAUAACGAUCAACUGCAGCAACCACAAGAUCAUUCGAAUGAUACCGAGGUUUCAUUUUUGAACCACUCGUCUCUGGGAGAGGUUCAUGAAGUUCAGCCUCAGCCAAGACAAUCGUUAAUGUCGGGAUACAAUCCAUAUGGGACCUAUCAGAACGAAGAGAUGCUAAACUUUCGAGCCUCGGAGUACAGUAAUCGGGAAACGAUUAUCAGCGAUUCCAAGUUGAGCCAUAAUCAUUCGGCGAUCAGGAGCAACGUAGAAGCCUAUUCAAACCUGGGUACGAUCGAACGAUCCCAAUCGCUUCGUGGUAAGCCGUCUUCCCCUGAGAAAGCAACAUCAGCUCCGAUUCCGGUCGGCAAUCAUAUGCGGACUCAAUCGCUGAACACUGAUCAGAAGACCAUAGCUUCCGUUGUGGCGAACAGUGUCAAGAAAAUCCCAGAAAACCUAAAACUAAGCGAUCGCAUUGCUGCCGGAGGAUUCGAGAGUGGCACCGAGCAACCAUCGCCAGCGCUGAGCACAUCUUCCGGUCCCUACAUUCCCAUCCACGAGUGCUUCUCCGGCAGUCCAAUGCUGCAUUCACCAAUCACUCCGCUGAACUCGCUAGAUCCCCGGUUCUACGACACGCCCCGAAGCCACCCAAGUUCCGGUUUCAACCUGAUCAGCACCGAGCAACCGUAUUCGCCGAAGCGCAGCAACGUUACUGGUCCUCCGCAGCAAGGCAACACCAGCUGCUCGAAGACAUCCCGUAGUGGUAAGUCCAGUCCUUCGGAUUCGGAGAGUGUCUUUACGGAUGAUGAGAGUGCCGCGCCGGCGCCAACGGAUACGCCUCGAACGAAGGAUCGCAACACCCGGCCGUCGGAUAGUUCCAUAGAGAACGAUGCCAUCGGGUGGACGUACGUGCAGCGAUUCGCCCGGGUGUCGCAAGAUGACCAGUCGAAGACAGCCGGGUUGCCAGCGGCCACGGCUCCACCCAGACCACCAAAGAGAACUAGCCUAAUUCUGGAUAGUAUUGAAAAGCACAAGGAAAUCCAAUCUUCCGACACGGAAAACGCCUCUCCAGCUAUUGGCCCGAAAGAUGCUACUUCCUGCAUAGAACAAUUCUACGACAUCCCUCGAUCACACCAACCGGGCCAAUAUCCCGGCGGUAGUAGCAUGAUGCACCUUCCGGACGCGGAUCUACUUUCACCAUUGAGCCAAUGUGACCUAAUCGCUUCCAGCACGCCCAAUUUGAUGGUCAGCGACACCAAUGGCGGUAGCCAAUGUGGAACUUUGGGCCGCGGGACGCUUCGACCGCAUUGCUACACCAAUGCCGCGCCGCAACGCGUCGAGGGUAACGUAUUUCGAUUCGAUUUCAGCGAACAGGGAGACGCACCGGCGAUCAAUCGAAAUCUGAAACCAAAAUCGUCCGUAGACAUUACCAAAUCGAUCGAAAGCGUUGGCCACACGUUGAAGCAGGUCAGUUUGACUCCGGCCGUGAAUGCUCCGGCGACACCGGCCAUGAAGAAUCCACCGCCGACGGUGGAUCGGACGAGGAAGCCAACCACACCGCAGAUUGGCACGAAUUCAAUGCGCCGCAAGGGAGGACCCAUUUCACUUACCAUUCAAAAUCACAACGAAAAUGUGUAUGGAAAUACGCAAGAGCAUAGCAUUCAGCAUUUUUCCGGUAUUUCCCCUCGUACACCCGGUAAAAACGACGACCGCUUGCAGUACCUCGACCUGGAUCACUCCAGCAGCCCUCAAAAGUCAUCCAGCCACCACCAUCAUCACCAUGGUGGAAUUGGCGGUGGCCAGUCGGCCGGAAUGAACCAAAUCGGAAGCAACGGUAUGGGUGGAUCGAGCAGCUUGGCCCCUCCCCCCGUUGCUCGUACGCCCUACACGACGGUUGACUUUGUGAAAACCGAUGCUCUGAACCGAAUCCGCGAGGAUUCGGAAGCCAACCGCAAGUUGAAGGAUUGAAUCCGCUCGAACGUAAGUAAUAUUGACGACUCCAAUGCUGACGAAUGAACGCACAAAUUUUUGAAACGCAUAUUGCAUCGUUUCCAAAUCCUAUCUUCUAAAAGAGUGCAAUUAAUAACGCCUUACUAUACGUAAUCGAAACAAAUACCCUAAAACAGUAGAUCGAAUGCACAAAAUUAGACUAUCAAAGUAUUACUACAAGGCAAAAGGUAUUUCAAAAAUAUUUUUCAUAAUCAAACGUAGACAAAUUAGAACUCUGUGAUUUCGAAAGAAAAAGCUGCGUGAGCAUGCGCACUUCCUUAAAAAAAAUAAUACGAAACGAACGCCGAUGUGGAUUGAACAAAGAAUCAGAAAUAGAACGCGAGCGCACAAAGUGAAGCGAACAAGUAUUUUUCAAACUGUAGAACGUAAGCGGAUUUUUAACUAAACAUUAUGGUUUGAAAAUGUUGCAAAACCCUUAAAGGUGUGUUUUCAAAUGUAUGUUUGAAAAACUUUUACUGUUCAACGUAUAUUAGUGUUUUCUAUUUAUAACAGAAGUACUAUGCGCAUGGGUAAAUGUUUUGAUGACUCUUCCAGUAUCAUAUUCUACAAUUUAUUAAGAAUAGGUAAAAUUGAAAUAUGUUCUACACUUAGACCCAAUUUUUUAUUCCUUCGCAGUUAAGUAUGUAUGUUACAUUUCCAGAUGCUGUUUGCAUUUACUAAACAGAAAUCUACAAGAUUAUGGUGGGAAAAGUUAGUUGUUGGAAGGGCUAAUAAUCUAGAAAUGAAUCACCAUUGCUAAUUGAUACUCACUCUUGUCGUACGUUAAUGCACAUACAAUAUUUCAAUAGAUGUCAAAUUAACCCAUUA